UUCGACGCACUUGGUCUCAGACUCAACAUUUGAAAUGGCUGUUACUCUUCACACAGAUCUAGGAGAAAUUAAAAUUGAACUGUUCUGCGAGCGCACACCGAAGGCAUGUGAGAACUUUCUUGCUUUGUGUGCCAGCGGAUUCUACAAUGGCUGCGUCUUUCACCGAAAUAUAAAAGGCUUCAUGGUUCAGACUGGAGAUCCUACAGGCACAGGUAAAGGAGGAACAAGCAUAUGGGGGCGUAAAUUUGAAGAUGAGUUCAGUGAACACCUAAAACAUAAUGUAAGAGGAGUGGUUUCCAUGGCAAACAACGGCCCCAACACGAAUGGCUCUCAGUUUUUCUUUACCUAUGCCAAACAGCCUCAUCUGGACAUGAAGUACACAGUCUUUGGAAAGAUCAUCGAUGGCUUGGAAACACUGGAUGAGCUGGAGAAGCUGCCUGUGAAUGAAAAGACGUUCCGACCGCUGACUGAAACCCGGAUAAAGGACGUGACCAUUCAUGCUAACCCUUUUGCUGGAUAGCAGAUAUUCACUUUGAGAUGCUAGAAAUCGGAGCGUACCCAGACAGUAGCGGUGGGCAGGAAACCGACUUCAAAUUUUCUUACCAAAAUUCUUUUAUUUUUAAAAUCUGCAUUUUAAAGUGACUUUGAGUUAAACUGUAAUAUUUGAUAGGGUGUAGUUCCUGAUUUUGAAGCUUCAUGUCAAAAUUAAAAAAAAUGGGGGGGGGUAUUCUGUUCCUUUUAAACCAUAGACUAUUGCAAAUAUGGACACAGCUGUUGUGAUGUCACCCUUUGGUUGGUGAAGUCUCGCUCUCAAGGCUCCAGCUCAGUGUUUCAAAGUUGUGUUUUGAAACCGAAUGUCACAAGUUAGAGGUGGAACUGAUGGUGAAACUGAGGAGCCACACCCAUCACUGACAUGACUAAUAAGCCAGUGGAAAUACCCAGCAUAAUUCUUAGUUGUAUUUUACAAAUUGAACAUCAUAUUUUACUACGAUGAUGUAAAACUAUGCGGCUGAACCCAUGAAGCUAUCAGGAAAGUGUUGACUGAGGUCACAUAGCAGGAGACCUGUCCUUUUCCAGCCGUAAGAGUCGCCUCCUGCUGGCCAUUAGAAAGAAUGCAGGUUUAAGGCACUUGAAAUUGGCUUCACCUCUGACCUUACAGCUCUGUUCAUGUUUUAUUCUGUCUGUGCUUUAAACCCAUUUUGAAAAAGGCUUUGAAAUGAAGCAUAAUUCAUUUGCUGAUUCCUCUCCAUUCAUUUGCAGUUUAGUCCAAAAAGAAAACAUUUUUUUUGUACAACAA